CGCGUUCGCCGCUAUAGCCAAAUAUAACACUGCUGCACUUUACUUUACCGCUGUGCGAACUUUCCAAACAGCUUGACAUUUUUCUAGCUACUUUCUCACCUACAACAUCAUCCUUUUUAAUGGGCUUACUGUGAAAUUUUCUCUUACAAUUAGCAUUUUCCUAAUUUUCCUCCAAAAUGCCCGAGUUCAUAUCAGUGGAUGAGUUUAUCGUGGAGACUUUGGAGGACUACAGCUCUCCCACCACCUCUUCCUUCUACACCAAAAUGACAAGUUGCCGAAAUUCCGCCAACAACAUCGAGGAGGCCUUGGAUUCUGACCGCACAAUCUUGCAGAAAAUGAAGAAAGCAGCCAAAGCAAAGAAUAUCUCUGGUCAAGACCACAUAUUACAUUUGGAGUCAUACAUCAAUUCCAUGGAGAAGUUGGCUGUGAAUUUCCGCAACAAUGGAGAACAGGAAGUUGCCUCUGCCUUUAAUAAGUUUGCAGAAUUCUCCAAAGAACUGCUGAUGCCAAUGAAGAACUUGUUGAAGAGCAUGUUGCACAACAUCAACUUCUUCCUGGACUCGCUGGUAAAAGGGGAUCUGAAAGAGGUCAAAGGUGACCUGAAAAAGCCUUUUGACAAAGCAUGGAGAGAUUAUGAGAAUAAAUUCACUAAGAUCGAGAAAGAGAAGAGGGAACUGGCGAAGCAGUAUGGUAUGGUGCGCACAGAGGUGAGCGGAGGAGAGAUUGCAGAAGAGAUGGAGAAAGAACGCAGGAUGUUCCAGCUACAGAUGUGUGAAUACCUCAUCAAAGUCAAUGAAAUUAAGACUAAGAAAGGAGUAGACCUGCUACAGAACCUCAUCAAACACUACCACUCUCAGUGCAAUUUCUUUCAGGAGUGUCUGGCUGCGACGGAAAAGCUGAAGCAGUACAUUGAGACCCUUACCGGACAGCUGAGUGCUAUCAAACAUAAGCAGGAUGAGGAGAAGAGACAGCUCUGUUCUCUCAGAGAUCAGCUCAGACCUGCUUUGCAGCCAGAAUUCAAAGAGGAUUCUCUAAGCAGACAGACCGUGUACAGCAUGCAUCAGCUUCAAGGCAACAAGCAAUAUGGCACAGAGAAAUCAGGCUACCUCUACAAGAGGAGUGAUGGGUUGAGGAAGAUGUGGCAGAAGAGGAAAUGUACCGUGCAAAACUGCUAUCUUACCAUUGCUCAUGGAACCCCUAAUAAAUCACCAGCUAAACUGAACCUCCUCACCUGCCAAGUCAAACCAAGUCUGGAAGACAAGAAAUGCUUUGACCUUAUCUCACAUAAUCGCACUUACCAUUUUCUGGCUGAUGAUGAGCCUGAUUGUGUGGCGUGGAUAUCAGUGCUGACAAACAGUAAGCAGGAGGCUCUAAAUGUGGCUCUGGAUGAGAGGAGGACAAGUGGGGAGAACAGCGUGGAGGAUCUGACCAGAUCCAUCACUGAGGAUAUUCGUCGCAUGCCUGGAAACAACGUUUGCUGCGACUGUGGGGCCACAGAUCCGACUUGGAUCUCUAUAAACCUGGGAAUCCUGACGUGCAUCGAAUGCUCAGGGAUCCAUCGUGAAAUGGGUGUACAUUAUUCACGUAUUCAGUCACUUUCUCUGGACAAACUAGGCACUUCAGAAUUGCUGUUGGCGCGAAACGUGGGGAAUUCAGGUUUUAAUGAAAUUGUGGAGGCCAAUCUUCCCAGUCCCUCUGUGAAGCCGUCAGCAGAGAGUGACAUGGCUGUACGUAAAGACUUCAUACUCUCAAAAUAUAUGGAAUGGCAGUUUGCACAGCGUAGCAGCGGCUCACCGGAAACAAAACGCAAAUAUCUACAGGAUGCUGUUCGCAGUCGGGACAUCUUCAGCCUGUUACAGCUAUACACUGAGAGAACAGACCUCAGCCAACAACUGCCAUGCCACCUACAGGAAAAAGGGGAAACUGCACUACACUUAGCCGUUUUAUUAGCUGACAGGACAUCACUUCAUGUGGCUGACUUCCUGUUCCACAAUUGUAAUAAUCUGGACGUUCAGACUAUGAAGGGAAACACUGCUUUGCAUUACUGCUGUCAGCACAACAAAACUGAGUGCCUUAAACUUCUGCUCAGAGCCAAGGCCAACACACAUAUCAAGAAUGAUAGUGGAGAGACGGGACUGGACAUGGCUCGCAGACUGAAGCACACACUGUGUGAGGAGCUGAUCCACCAGUCACAGAACAACCAGUUUAACAUGCACGUGCACGUGGAAUAUGACUGGAGACUCCGGCAGGAUGACCUGUACGAGAGUGAUGAUGACCUAGAUGACAAGAUGGGCCCAGUGAAGAAGGAGCGCUUAGGACGGCCAUUCAGUUUGUAUCACAGUAACUCUGCUUCUCAUGGCGGAGGAGGAAGUGGCGGAGGGGGAUUGUUCAACGUGGGUCGGAGGCUAGCAUUGGCCCGAGGGGAAAACCGGAGGGAGGUGUAUGCCAGUCCCAACUCUCAGACGCGCAGCCUUGACAGUCCCCCUCCGCCGCCCCCUUCAUCACCUGCACCGCCACUACCACCCCGGGUCAGAGCUCCAAAUGUCCCCCCUCCUCCCCCUCCAAUGAGCUCACCUGAUGGCUGGAUGUCUCAUGAAGUAAGCAGCAGUAAGAAACGAACCCCUCCUCCCCCUCUUAUCAUCCGACACAAGCGCACCUACUCUGAGCCCGCCCCUCAGGUGCCCCCCAGCCCCCACUCUACACGGCAGGGACCUACAGAUUAUGGAGUACCCUCAUGUCCGAUAAACUUUGGUGGUCCAAGCUCACCUUUCCAGAAGUGUGUCUCAGGGUCUCCCAAAUACAGCACGCCCACUCUCAACUCCUUAUCUGAGCUACCAGAACGAGCAGGUUUUCAAGCAGAUGGGGAACGCAGCUCGUCUCACUUUCUGUACCAAACCCCGCAGCCCAUCAGCAGUGCUGGACGUCACACCCCGGCCCUGUCUCCCACAUCCCCCCACUCCUUUAGACUGGAGACUAAUGGAAGCUCCUCCUCUUCCUGCCACACUGCUCCUCACCCACUGCCCAGAAAAACUUUGAUGAAGUCGAAGCUGAGGCGUGUGAAGGCCAUGUAUGACUGUGUGGCAGAUCAUCAUGAUGAGCUCACCUUCAAUGAGGGUGACGUUCUGGUGGUACUCGAAGAGGAAGAUGCUGAUUGGUGGAGCCAGUAAUAUCUUCCUUUCAGCACGGCUACAUCGAGGGACAGCCAGACAGAACGGGCUUAUUUCCAGCAUCGUUUGUCUCUACGCUCACUGAAUGAAGCCGGCCAGGAGCUGAAAUCAUAGCACGGUCGACUUUACUGCCAAAGCACCCUGGGAAAUGAGGGGCUUGAAAUCUACCCACAGAACCAUCGGUAAUGAAGAAUCAGCAUAACAAAGCAGCACUCACAGUGCCAAGAGAGAGAUGGGAUAUGUGGAACGAGUUGUGCUGUGCACAAAAAUUCUCAUCGUUUGUGGUUGUUCAGGCUAACCCAACGCUCGUAGAGUAAAAUGUACCAUCCUAUACACUCCUAAAAAUGCUCCAAAAGCACACACAGCAUGAACCGCAUGUUGUUUGUUACAUUGAUUGAACUGAACUCAAAUGUGAGUAAUCAUUUAUGUCAGGCCGCAGAAUUGUAUUGAGAAAGUCUAAUGUCGAGAUUGCGUUGCUAAGAAAUGGAGACAAAAAGAACAGCUUUAAAGCACAAUUCGCUGUGACAGGGUAACUUAGUAACAACACAAUUCUUUUAGAAAACUAAUCAAGAACAAAUUAAUGAAUUAUGAAACUUGUGUGCUUGGGCGAAUAGCACAAAAUCACAUCCGGGUCAUAUUUCACCUACAUUUAAAAGAAAAGAAAAAAAAGCUUUUUUUUAUUUUAUUUUAUUUUUUUUAUACCAAGAAUAUUUUUGCAUGGUGACAUUUUCUCAACAAUUUAGCACACUUUUCCCUCAAAUGAUCAGUUAUUUUAAUUCUAUUCUAAUUUUAAAUUCUCGUUAUUAUCAUUCAUUACUCUUAUUACUUGAUUAAAUACUUUAAACAGUAUUUUGUUACAUAAACAGCAAAAAAUACUACUUUCAAUAAUUAAAUGAUACAUUAUUUAUAUUUUAAAGUAAUUACAAUGUAUUUUUUACAUUGUAGUAAUGGCAGUUUGGGAUGAAAAGUGCUUUAAAAAAUAAUUUCAAAAUAUAUAAAUGAAAAAUAUGUUUUAAUAAAACCUUAAUGGUCCUAAAACAUUUCUUUAUGCCUAAAAUAUUUUUCUUUUGAUUUUGGGUGAAAUACCCAGACAUGUUUUAAGAUUCCAUUGUUUCUGUAACUUCAGAUGAAAUAACCACUGAAUAAAUGGUUAAGUAAGUGGUUUAUUGAAAACAGAUCACAGGUUCACACAAAACAUCAUGAACACAAGAAGCUUACAAAGAUGUGCACACACCACACAAUUUGGCCAUUACAAUGGGAUCAAACCAUCACAUUCAGCUGGACAGUCUUUGAACAUGUUCAAACUUCUUAAAGUGCUUGAGAGUAGAGAACUACUUGUGGCAGAAGACAUUUUUUCAAAUUGUCACACCCAGGGAAUAUUAAAUCUGCGGUCACAUGUUGUUUGAAUAUAUGAGGUGUAAACAAAACCAUAAAAAGUCAUUUGGCAAAAAAAGUCAAGUCACUUUUCUUGACUUUACUGCUCAAUAUCUUGGACUCCUCCUAGGUAAUUAUUCCAGCAGGGAGGUGGAAUAAAAAUUCAAUUUUAAUUGGUGAUGGAUUUCUCUACUUGCACUAGAGGAUCUUUUAUAUACACCGUCAUGUAUUACAGUAAAAGUUGAAAAUGUAUUACAAAAAAAAAGUUUCAGCAUUUGCUUUUUAUUUGUUAAAGAACCUGAAUGGAAAAAUAGGGUACUGUGAGAUAUUUAUGUAUUGUGUAUCUCAUUAAAAAAAAAAAUGCUUGUAUGUUUUUCUCUAUUUUUAUUUAUGCAAAAUUAUCAAAUAUUUUUUAAUACUGUGCAGAAUGCCCUAAACUGUGACUUUUGAAUUCAAAUUAUUUUGAUUGUUUAUGCUUUGGUUUUGUUUCUUAUUAGAUUAAAACACUUCCUGUCGGUUUCUUUCCGAUUUUUGUCCAAA